AUAAAGGGAACAUAAUACCUAACAUAUUCACACACUCAUUGACCGCUACUACCGCUUGCCAUGAGACCGCAUGCAUUGCCCAUAUAGGCGCGGCGUGGGGACAUGGCUCCAAAGAAAUAAUCUAGGGGUCUAACGAAAUCCAUAUCCCAAACCCGAAACAGAAUAGUCUCGCACUUAUCGUUGGAGUGUUUGAAUCUCGGUAAGUCGUUCUUCGAACGUGCGUUUGCCUGUGAAUCAAUAAUACUUAACAUGCGCCGCAGCCUUACAUCUGGUUCAUAGUCCCUCAUCGAAUGUAUUAUAUAAAGUGGGUGAUUACCAGGAAUCAGUAGCCAAAUAUUGCAAAGCAAUUCCAAAUCCUCUCUACAGCCGGCGAGCCGAGUCCGAAAACCUGGCUGACCGAGCCUCGACAUAUAACUUCAUACAAGCUAUUGACGAGCGCCAACUGAGCUACGCGGAACACAAAAAGAACAGAAAUCUAAUCUCGAUUCAAGAUUUGCCAAAUUUGCCUUCAAGGCAGCUGACAAUAAUAUCGGAGCGUUGUCGCACAAAGAGAUGCUCACUACAAGUGACACAGUUGAGGUGAGUAAGAAAAGUUCAUAUAGUCCACUCGUUUCCACUUCCUCGACUCGAACAUUCCUCUGCUCUUGAAAAGCUUAAGCCUCAUUUAUAAGUAGAUAACUUUUACAUGCGAGUAAGAAGUGUUUUACUCACAGUUGAUUCUGAGGGGUUAUGAUUCAUGCUCAAACUCCAGAGCCAUAAAGUCAUGCACACGCACACACACAUACAUAUAUAAUGAAGAUUCAUCUUGUCAAAGACAUUAACUUCCUUAGAGAUUGGGAUGAAUCACACUAUAAUGACACCACGAAGCACUUCUUUCUUUAUAUUCCUCAAUGAAAGCUUUGGUGAUUGCUUAAUUCCAUUGCAAUGAUCAAGAAUGGUUGGGUCUAAGAAAGAGCAACUACAGAACCCCAUGGGCUCCUAAAGAUAUUCACUAGUGUAGAAAGCGCGCUACUUCCAUAUUUGGGAGAAAAAAAUAUCUACAUGAGUCUUCCUUCCACAACCUAUUACAGUCAAGACUUUGAAAUUUGCGACAAAGCAUUUCGUAAAUUCAGACACGCGGAUUACACAAAUAUCCAGUCACUGAUUCGUCACUGUAUCUCCGCAGCUUUCGGUGCAUCCUUCUCUCUAUUCAAUGCACCUAAAUCCAUCAAAUAUCAUGGAAACGAUGCUCACUCCAGUUGCCCCUCCAAAUGUAAGUAGUACUUUUGAUUAUUCCCCGCAGUAUUAAAAGCUUCUGGACAUUUACGAAUCUUCAAAACUUCUUGGAGUAACGAGGCGACCCCAGGUCACUGGGACUGCUUUCACAAAAUAGUCCUCUGCUAACAACGCCAUAGUUCUGGAUUGCCUUAAAAGCCCUUCGAUAUGCGUACCCAACACUCGUAUUUUUCUAUUUCUUCAUCGCUCUAGGCGUUACAGUGUGUUAUAUGCAGACGGAGAAGUCACGUAACCAGGAUCGAUAUGUCCGUCGUGGGUUGAUAUUGUGCUUAAUCGCCGGUCUCACUGGAACAUAUGUACGCUUCUUUCUGCCUCCAUAUAAGAAUCUUACACUAUCCUGCAUAAUAAUUGCAUUUCUGACACGUUUGUGACAAUAGGCUAUGGAAAUCAUCGUUGCUAUUAUCAAGUCGUCAGUUGAAGGCUGGAACCCGGGACAAGACCGUGUUGUGAGUGAUUUCUUCCCUUUCUGGGGGACCUCGCAGUGGUCGAAAUAAAUUGCAUGCCAAAAACAUACGCAAGGGCUCCAAAGUACUUUCAGAUUUCUCGCUUCAGAUUUGACAAUCAAGUGGUUUUCCAUGCUUAUGCCUUUCGAUGGCCCAAUUAAGAUUUCACAAUCAAGUAUCUCUCCAGAGAUGCUUAGCAUUUCAUUUAUGCAAUUAAUUUCGCCCACUGCGUGGUUUUACUCUCUUCAAAUUCCCAUAUAAUCUUAUUACUUUUUUUUUCCUUUUACUGACCUUCAGGUUUACCUCAUCUCAUCGCUUCUAGUUUUUAUGGUUGAGAUUAUUGCACUAGCAGACACGAAAUUUCCGGAAUGGUAUCCAUACUAUGGAACUUGGUUCAUCGGUCUCUUCGUGGAACUCUGUCUAAUCAUUUUUCCAAAUUUGUUUGACCCACCGACCAACUCAGCUUUCGAUUAUAUACUUCUAACUGUCCAAAGUAUAAGGAUCUUCGAUCUCAUCGCUCUACCUACUGUCUACUUCUAUCUCCGUAAUUCAGACAAAACCCAGGACAGUGCUGAUGCGGAACGCCAAUCAUUAUUGAAGAAUCCGUCCGGUCCGUCUAGCUCAGGGAGUUCCACCUUAAAUGGAAAUGGUUAUGGUACAACCGAUGAGGCUACUGUUCAAGGUUCUCAGAGUGAAGAAGAUGAUUCGGAUACUGCUAGUGUGGCUUCGGAAGAUUCUUACUUGGAACGGCAGCGCAAGUCAAAAGAGGCUGUUGCAAAAAGACUGGAACAGGACGGUAACUGGUGGACCUACCUCAAGGGAUUUUCUGUGAGGCUCCGUCGCGCAAAGGCUUUUGCUGAAAUAGUUUUACUAAUCAGUGUGCCUAGGUGUUUAUUCCAUUCAUUUGGCCGCUGAACAACAGAAAGCUUCAGGCCAGGGCUGUCCUUGUUGCCAUGACUCUCCUGGCAAGUAAUGCCUUAAAUGUCCUUGUUCCAAUACAAUUUGGUAUAAUGGUGCAAAGCUUGAUUACUUAUACUGGAGGCGGUAAGUAAUUCUCUCGUGAUUUUCAGCGUGUCCAACAAUCCGGACCACUAGAAAUUCUGUUGAGUUGCAGGGUUUGAUGGCCUUCACUAAUCAUUAUUUAGAUCACAGCCAUAACAUUUGGAUACCUGUUCUUCUCUACUCGCUCCUGAGGUUUAUCAACGGUGGCUCGUGUCUCGAUGUGGUUCGCACGUGGCUCUGGAACCCCUUGGAGCAGUACGCAUACAAAACACUCAGUUCAGCUGCGCAUAGCCAUAUUAUGAGCUUAUCUUCUGAUUUCCAUGACAAUAAAUCAUCAUCAAAUUUGUUUCAAGUAGUCCAUGGGGGUAGGUCUGUCGCAGAUCUAAUGGAAAUGCUCUGCUUCCAGGUGAUCCCGAUGCUCAUCGAUCUAGUCAUUGCAUUCAUCUAUUUUGGUGCCUUUGGACCUUAUAUGUUUCUUGUCCUAGUCGUCACCUUCGUAUCUUACAUGUACGCAACCGUGAAAUUGAUUUCCAUGAGAGCCAAUCAACGCAGAGAUUAUAUAACCUUUUACAGAAAGGAAUGGACAGUCGGGCAAGAAUCAUUGGAUGGCUGGACAACUGCUAAUGUUAGUAUUUGCACUGGCGUCAUUUUACACGUGCACUAACAAGCUAUUAGUUGUUUAACAUGGUGCCCUACGAGAACAAAAGAUACUCAGGAGGUGAGUUACUAUACUUCCAUCACACUUAAAAAUUCGCCAUUUAAUGUAUUUUUAUUAUAGUCAUCAAAGAGCAUAUCGACUCCAAAUGGGCGUAUGAAUGGUUCUAUAACAUCACUAACAUGGCAAAAAGCCUCAUCAUGUGCUUCGGACUGACCGGUGUACUGUGCCUGGGCUCCUAUUCUGUAGUAUAUGAAGGUCAAACAGUUGGAAAGUUCACCACCUUGCUUAUGUUCUGGAGCCAAUUACAAGGUAUAUCUUUUCUGUUCUGUUAAUACGGAUGCAUAACUAAGUAUAUUCCAGGCCCAUUGGCAUUCCUUGCCAGUGCAUAUAGAACGAUCUCUAGUUCCUUGAUAGAUGCCGAGCGCCUUCUUGAACUGUUUAAGACAGAGCCUUCGAUCAAAGAAACUCCUGGCGCUAAAGACCUUGAGAUUAGUAAAUGCGAAGUUGAGUUCGACGAUGUAUGCUUUUCUUAUGACGAGCGAAAACCUAUCUUGAAGAAUGUCAGUUUCUUUGCACCGGGUGGAAAGACAAUUGCGUUUGUUGGUGAAACUGGCGGUGGUAAAUCAACAAUGUUGAAACUAAUGGAUCGUUUUUAUGACGUCAAAUCGGGAAGUAUCAAAAUUGAUGGUCAAGAUAUUCGGGACAUCACCAUGCAUAGGUAAGUCAAAUUUGUAAAAGCUUGAAAACGUCACUAAGAUCCUGCCUAUAGUCUUCGUAGCCAUGUUGGUGUUGUUCCACAGGACCCUACUCUAUUCAAUGACACCAUCAUGAACAAUAUUCGGUAUGCUCGUUUAGACGCAACGGACGAUGAAGUAUAUGAGGCAUGUAAAGCCGCUGCCGUUCAUGAUAAAAUUUUGAAAUUCGCGGAUGGAUACAACUCUAAAGUUGGUGAUCGUGGUGUGAAGCUUUCUGGUGGAGAAAAACAACGUGUUGCUAUUGCCCGGGCCAUCCUGAAACAACCAACGAUCAUUCUUCUCGACGAAGCUACAAGCGCUGUUGAUACAGAGACUGAACAAAAAAUUCAGGAAGGAUUCAAAGCAUUGUGUAAAGGUCGAACAACUUUUAUUGUCGCGUAAGUUAUCUACAGAGUCGCUCAUUGCCAAUCUUUCGAUUCGAAUAGUUAAAAAGCAUGCUUUUGAUAGUCUUUUUACUAACUGUGAAUAGUCAUCGAUUGUCAACCGUUAUGAAUGCCGACCAUAUUGUUGUUAUCAUGGAUGGCCAAAUAGUCGAACAAGGAUCUCACGAUGAGUUGUUUCACUCCAAGGGAAAAUAUGCAGACCUAUGGGCAAAACAGAUCUUCGUUAAACCUUCCAACAUGAAAUCCAAAUCCAAAUCCAAAUCAAGGUCAAGAUCAAAGAGUCCUGCAAAGAAAGAUGCAACCAUCGUCAAUGAUCUGACUGAGCAAAAGAAGACCGUUGAUCUUGCGAAAGCGGCGAAAGGAGUUAAAGAUUAUAAUCACACUCAAGAUGACCGAGGGGAGGCCGAGGAUGGUACAAACUCCAGCAGUCAAUCAAAAGAUGUAAGUGAUGGAUUGAAAUAAACCCCAAAAGUUUUGAACAUAUAUAACUGCAUAAUGGAGGGCUUAGUAAAAUAGCAAUUUUGCUUAGGUGGCGUUUGAAUCUGCACCAAAAACAUAUAUUUAAUAUUUAUCCUAUGCUACUGCAUAUCAACGUGAUUGAGCUAUGAUAGCGUCCACAGUGUGGUAGUAUGGCAACUUUAACUUUGUGAAUUUAUCUAAUCAAUAGCACUUGGGAAUUCACAACAAGCAGAAAGUCUGCGCCUUCUAUUUCUGACGUACUCAAGGAACCGAAACGUAAAGAAGAUGCACUCAAACCGACACCGAUGCUACUAAAAACGAAUCUUUCAAAAUUGAGUGCCACAAGUCUCAAGGGAUCUAAGCUCUUCCUAUCGAAAUCAGAGCUUAAGGGACCCCUAACUCUAGCUCAAACAAAGCAGCAUCUCGUCGAAACUCCUCGUCCUAUUGCUACUCAUCGACCUGUUACCGAUCCUAGCCCAGCAACAAUCCCUCCGCUUUCUGCCACUACCACUCCGCAUCCUACCACUAUUACUCCUAAUUCAGCUACCACGACUCCUCACCCUACCACCAUCCGCCCUUACAGUCCCCAGCGCAAAUUUGUCCCAGCCCAAACAAUCGAUCAACCUUGUAAAGCCCAGCUAGCAGGAAGUCCUCCCAGACCUCCAAUUCUAAGCCAGCCACGAUCUCUAUUCUCUACUGGUAAUUUACCACUUCCAAUUCAUGCGAAGAAUGUGCUUGAGCACUCAAAUCCGUGGACUGAAGAACACCCUUGUCAAUCUCCUUCUUCUACACACUCGGUGCUCUCGCAUACUGGUCUAAAGCACGAGAAAAUACAUGAUGAAUGUAAGUCGGAGAGUGGUAAGGUAGAAAGUGCCAAAAUUGAGGGUAAUGUACAAGAAAGGGUGGAUAAACUGGAUAAAGGACUACCUAAAGGAUUGCCUAGAGGUGCAAUGUUUAUUCAACUACCAAAGCAGGCAAAUUUGCAGGUUAAGGAGAAGCAGUGUAAAUCAUCUGCCUCCGAAAAUGCUACUAAAAGUUCUGCGUCGGAACUUACCCCUUUGCUCCCUCCCAAAGAGUCACCCAUCCGAACCAGCCCAAAAACCUCCGGUUACAAGAAGGAGACUAAGGAUAUCAAUAAAGGGCAGAAGAAACAAUCGGCAAAAGAAAAACGAAAGGCAGCUUCUUCCUCGCAAACUAUUAGUGAGCCAGUUGAGGCUAUACCUCAAGUUCCUAGUGUUCAAACUGCUACUGAAACCCCGGGAAGCCCAAUCAAGGUUCAAACAAAAGAGGCAAUCAGAGAGCAAAAGAAAAGAGAAAAAGAGGAACGGAAACCAGAGUCUUUAAGAAAGAAAGAAGAGAGUAUUAAGAAGAAGGCGGAGAAGAAAUUGAAGAGACAUGGUAUUGGUAAUGUUGUUUCCGCCGGUGAUGAGGGCGGUAUGUUAUUAUUAUUUUUACAUCUGUUAUCACAAUGCUCGUCUAGUCUCGCAUAAUAAGGUUGAAGAUAUUGGCUAAUUGCAUGGUAUGGCGGAACAGGUGUGAAAAGUUAUGGUACUGCGACUUCGGAUUUUGCGACUACUAGUUCAGUGGGUGCGAAUUUCAAUGAGGUGCAAACGAAUGUUAUUUUUACGGGUGGUACGGAUGGAAUUGUUGAACCUUAUACCGACGACAUUCCUACACAGAUUCAGAACGACAUCGAAAUAAGGGAUAUAACGCCCCUUAGCGCGGCACAUUUAGCAGCAGACUCCCAAUAUUCCCCUAAAAAUCGAAGACUUGACUCGAAGAGUGAACCUAGAACUACAGUCACUUUUGAUCUAGAUGAUGCGCAUGCGGGCGCGCUUGAAACCCAGGCAAUUAUAUCUUUGCCUGAUAGAGACGGGACCAUUGGUACAAGUGAAGAUGGCACGAAUACACUCGUUAGAAAUCCCCAAAUAAACAGAGAAAACGGAAGCGGAAUUGGAAUUGGAAUUGAACCUACUAAACCUGCAGAGAGAAAAGGUAUUUUAAAAAAUGUCGCGCAAGGAAAAAGAAGAGUCAGUGCGCCGGCGAGAGAAAGUGGUAUGUAUGAUAUAACGAAAAGGAGAGAGAGGGUACCGACGCCGAUGGCGAUGGUGGGGGUUUAGUGGACCGGGUUUGGGAGGCUUGGGGACGGGCGUGCCGGUUAUGUCCGGGAUGGAGGAGA